UUCCUCUCUUUGAAAUCAAUAAAGAUACAUUUUUUUAAAAAAAAGUGAACACAAAAUAUUAUGCAAAUACUAAAUAUAACUUACUGUAGCCCAAUUUCUAAGAUGGCCCCCAAUGAUCCUCACCUCCUAAUAUUCAUGCCCUUGUGUAUUCCCCUUACAUAUUUCAUCAGGGUUGCUCUGGAUGACCAAAGGAAUAUGGGGGGAAUGAUAGUUAUAAAUAAGGCCAAGUCUUAAAAACCAUUGUCCUUCUGCCUUGCUUUCUCUUGAGUUGUCCACUGUGGAGGAAUCCAGCGAGCAUGUUGUAAAGACAUUCAAGGCCUUAUGUAGAGUCUGCAUAAGAAACAGCUGAGGCUUCCAUUCAACAUACAGCCAUCAGCUUGCCAACCAUUGAGUGAGCCAUCUUGGAGAUGGGUCCUCAGCCUCAGUGAAGCCUUCAGAUGACUGCAGCCCCAGCCUACAUCUUGUCUGUAAUAUCAUAAGAGACCCUGAGCCAGAAUUGUCCAAUUAAGCCACUCUCAAAUUACUGAACUACAGAAAUUAUUGAUCUACAUGACCAGCUUAUUUUCUGUAAAAGAAGAAUCAGCCAAAGGGAGUAAUUUAAGAUCCACUGCAGGUGUUUGAACAGCAUUGCUUCUGCAACAAAAGCAUAGAGUCACCACAUCUUGGGAAUAGAAUGACCACUUCCUGGGGAGCAGUCUUUUUCAUGUUGGUAGCAUCCUGUGUUUGCAGCACUGUCUUCCACACAAACCAGCAGACUUGGUUUGAGGGUGUUUUCCUGUCUUCCAUGUGCCCCAUCAAUGUCAGUGCCAGCACCUUGUAUGGAAUUAUGUUUGAUGCAGGGAGCACUGGAACACGAAUUCAUGUUUACACCUUUGUGCAGAAAAUACCAGGACAGCUUCCAAUUCUAGAAGGGGAAAUUUUUGAUUCUGUGAAGCCAGGACUUUCUGCUUUUGUAGAUCAACCUAAGCAGGGUGCUGAGACUGUUCAAGAGCUCUUAGAGGUGGCCAAAGACUCAAUCCCCCGAAAUCACUGGAAAAGGACCCCAGUGGUCUUGAAGGCAACAGCAGGACUGCGCUUACUGCCAGAACAGAAAGCCCAGGCUCUGCUCUUUGAGGUAAAAGAGGUCUUCAAGAAGUCACCUUUCUUGGUACCAGAUGACAGUGUUAGCAUCAUGGAUGGAUCCUAUGAAGGCAUAUUAGCUUGGAUUACUGUGAAUUUUCUGACAGGUCAGCUGCAUGGCCACAGUCAGGAAACUGUGGGGACCCUGGACCUGGGGGGGGCUUCCACCCAAAUCACGUUCCUACCCCAGUUUCAGAAAACCCUGGAACAAACCCCUAGGGGCUACCUCACUUCCUUUGAGAUGUUUAACAGCACUUAUAAGCUCUAUACACAUAGUUACUUGGGAUUUGGAUUGAAAGCCGCAAGACUAGCAACUCUGGGAGCCCUGGAAACAGAAGGGACUGAGGGACACACUUUUCGAAGUGCCUGUCUACCAAGAUGGUUAGAAGCGGAGUGGAUAUUUGGGGGCGUGAAAUACCAGUAUGGUGGCAACCAAGAAGGAGAGGUGGGCUUUGAGCCCUGCUACGCUGAAGUGCUGAGGGUGGUCCAAGGAAAACUUCACCAGCCAGAUGAGAUCCAGAGAAGCUCCUUCUAUGCUUUCUCUUACUAUUAUGAUAGAGCUGUUGACACACACAUGAUUGAUUAUGAAAAGGGGGGUAUUUUAAAAGUCGAAGAUUUUGAAAGAAAAGCAAAGGAAGUGUGUGACAACUUGGAAAACUUCACUGCAGGCAGUCCUUUCCUGUGCAUGGAUCUCAGCUACAUCACAGCCUUGUUGAAGGAUGGCUUUGGCUUUGCAGACAGCACCGUCUUACAGCUCACAAAGAAAGUGAACAACAUAGAGACAGGCUGGGCCUUGGGGGCCACCUUUCACUUGCUGCAGUCUCUGGGCAUCUCCCACUGAAGCCAGGCCCUUCCUCUGAGGCCUGCAUUUGCCAACAACCUUUUUAACAGGAGAAGGAGAGAAGACUCAGCCAUGUUCUGAGGUAGUCUGGAAACCACCUGGAUUGAAACCCAGCAGCUGGCUUAAUCAGGAAGAAGGGGCUUUUGUAGACAGCUCUUGCCUCUAAGUCUAGAGAUUUGGGUUUAAUUAAUUUUACACAUCUAAUAGGAACAGGUACCUAACCAUUCUGCUUGCACAGCUGGUACCAGAGUCUAAAUUUUUGAGCAUACUUGUUUGUCACAGAGAGCCAAAAGGAAUAGCUUUGGAACUUAACCUUGGAGAACCCAGGGACAAGUCCCUGGGAACCAAAGAAAAAUCUCAUUUCAACCCUUUGAGUGCCUCAUUCCUUUAAACAUUUUCAUUUUCCUCUUACAUGCUAAACUCAGCUGACUGCUCUCCCAUGGCCUAUCAACACCAGUAUAUUUUUCCUUCCUGCACAUUGCCUUGUCCCACCUUUAUCACACCCAUCCACCUACCCCCAAAGAAAGAGAAAAGAAAAAAAUACCUGGUUUUGUAACUCAAGGGGAAAGAAAGAUACAACCUCUGAGGUUGGGUGAUCCUGCCUUGCACUAGCUACAAUCAGCCAGCUGAGAGCUGUUCUAACUCUUAGCAGGAUGGAGAGCCACUCCUACCUGCAGAUUCCAGCCUUAAGAGAGGAGGCCAUCCUGUCUCUAAGGACAUGUUUGGGAGGGUGUGGCUGCCUUGUAUAGGCCACUUUCUUUUAUUCAACUUUUUUUAAGUCAACCGUGGGAUUACUGAACAUGUCCAUCCUAGGAAUAUGUGUUUAUUCAGUGCCAGUACCUCCUUCCAGGCUCUGUUAUAGUAAUUUGUCAUCCUAAGCUGCUUUCUUUGUAUUUCUAAGAAAUACAUCUAUACCGUAGCUAUUUGAGGAUCUAGAUUUUGGUCGCAGCUCCUUUCAGUUUGCCCUUCUAUUCUGUUCAUAGCAGUAUCUCUUCCUACCUGGCCCCCUGAUCAUUUUAGCUAACAUACUCUGAAUUAUUUGUCUAGUUCCAAGGUUUCUGAUACCUUUCUUGACGGUAACCUAACAUUUUAAUUGGUUGGCCAUUGUGGCCCUCAUCAGUACUGUGGAUUCUCUUUUUUAGUUGGAAUGCUCUGAGCUCUUCAUUUUGUGAAUUAUUUCCCCUAAAAUUCAUUAUCUUGUACUUUCCCACAUGACAUCACCUGCUUCUUGUCUACCCACUCAAGUGCUCUUGGGCUCAAAGGAUCUUCCUGUUGACUGGCUCAUUUACUUUGGCUCUUUACUUCCAGCUUCUUUCCAGCAGUUUGAAUCUCCCAAACUUAUAGCUUUCACAGUAGACUUUCUUUCAGCUCUCUCACAAAAGGUGUUGAACACCUGGCUCUCACACUAGUUCCUGGGGAACCUUAUUUUUUUGUUAUUCCACUGAGUCAAUAAAUAUUUAACAUCUGAUGUGCAAGUAACUAGGCAAAUUUCUGUAUACUCAUCCCCCAAAUUUUAGUUUUUCUUUUAAAAAGUCAAUGUGGAAAUCUCUUGAGAUUCUUCACACUGACUUUUAUUAUACCAAGGUCACCUUGAUACCUUUGUCUUCCUCAAAAAAUGUUAAUACAUAAUGAAAUAGAAUCUUUAUAGAGUUGGAAACAGCCCAGAGAUAUAAUCCAGUCUUCUAACUGUUGCAGAAUUCCCUUAAAACUUCUAACUGGCUGUCAUUCAGCUUCUGGUUAGGCAUGUUUUCAGACAGCUCAUUCCAUUUGGGACUGCACUGAUGUUAAAAAUUCCUCCUUAUAUUGAGCUGCAAUCUGUCCUCUCAGUGAUCUUCUCGAAUCCUUCCUUUCAAUCUUCUGAAGAAAGUUCCUCCCAAAUCCUUUGUGGUCUCUUCUUUAAUAGAACACUUGGCUUCUAGACCUCUUACCAUUUUUGUCACACAGGUAAUGUGUUAGAACCGGUCAUACACUUAAUGUUGUUCCACAUGAUUAGGGAGAGACCGGUUUCUCUAGUAGAAACCAAGUUGUUUUCCCAAGAGGUAAGCUGGGUUCACUAAAGAUUCGUUUGACAGGUCCAGAGAGGUAAGAUUCCCUGGUGUUUGUCACAGCUUAUCUCUGAAGAUUUCUUAUAGACUGAGGCUGUUCAGACUCCUUUGGUCAUCCCAAGUACCUCCAGAACUCUUAGAUGCAUUAACUCCAGAAAUGUAUCUACAUAUAUUCUGAUCAUCUUGAUUAGAGCAUCUGGAGAAUUAACCAGUUUAUCCAUUUUAGGAGGAAUUUGGAGUAAGAAUUAUUAUUUCUUAGGAAAACAUGACUUGUCUAUAAUGUCCUUUCUGCCCCUCAGUAUACCUUUUGGGCCUCUUAUUAAGGAAUCCUAUAGUGUCUAAUAUUGCUGGUUAAAGUUUCUUUCCUGUAAAUGUGUUUAUAUAUUUCAAAUACAUAUCACCUGGCCUGGCACACAGGAUGUUGUGUGUUUACCAUCUUCAUAUGAAGAACAUCCUCUGUGGGUUAUGGAGAGCCUUGCAAGAUGUGCCUUAAAAUUCUUCCUAUUUUGCUUGAUUUUUUAUUUACAUACUUUUGGAAAGUCCAUGUUUUCCCUACCUGGGCUACCUUUCCAUUCUUAUGUGAAAGCUGACCCCCUACAGUGACCUUUCGAGACUCUUCUAGUAGUCACACAGCUUUCACAGUAGUUGCUGGGCACAUUUUUCCUGAGAUUCCAGGUACAUUUGUGAUAUUACCACUUUUUUAUUCUAGUGUCUUACACAUUUUCUACAUUUGCCUGAAAAGCUCCCUUGUAGUAACAUAUUUCUCAUUUCUUCAAAAAUUAUUCCCAAGAAUAACUUUGCUUGGUUCAAAAGCAGACUGUUUCUUCUCAUUUCAUCAUCAAAUCAGACUUUUGGGGAAAAUGUUCUUUACAGUAUACAAAUCUAACGGAUCCAAAAAUCUCUUCGAGAGGCAUCUCUGGUACUUCGAAGUGAUUUCUUCAAACACCCAGAGCACCCCCACCCCCAUCAGCCACCUGUCUGCAACCAAAUAUGAACAAAUUCUGCUGCUAAUCAGAUGUUCCCUUUGACCUGGCUCCUGAGGUUUCAAACCUGUGCAAUGAAAUUAUUUAUUUUUAUUAUUAUUGAACAGACAAUGGUGUCCCAGAGAGGAACCAUAAAUAAAACUGAGAUCUGUUGCUGUGAUAAGUAAUAAUGAGCAUUAACAAGAUUUGGUUUUCUUCUUAGAAAGUCCAGUGCAUGUAUAACAAAGGUUAAAGCAAUUUGUUUAAUUUAUUAAUUUUGAAGCAGCAAUUCGAACAAAAAUGUACCAAUUGAAUAUUUCUAAUUCUUAUCUCGAUCAAAAAAUUGUGUAAAUUUAUGACCAGCAUUAAAAAAAAACCCUGUACAGAUCUUCUCUUUAGAAAGGAUUAACAAGUAAAAAUGAAUGCCACAGCACCUUAGUAAUUUGUUUUAGUAAUAAAAAGUUUUCAACAAAAA